AGAAGCUCUUAUUUUCUGCUUCUCCUCCUCUCAUCAACCACGAGACAGAGAAAAGCUUCAAGCUCAGAUAUGGCUUUCCACCAAAGAUCGAUAAGUUUGCCUUCUAGGCCUCACGUCAGUGAGACCGAAGUCGCGCAAGAGCUCCACCGCCUAGAAGCAAGUAUCUCUUCCUCCAAUUCCAUCAGCAUGAUGUGUGAUGGUCUCAGGAGUCUCGCAAACAUCUACGAUGGUCUUGAAGAGAUUAUUUGCCUACCAAGCAACCAAGUUUGCUCCUCCCAGCAGAGGAACAUGUUGGAUGGAGAGAUGGAAUGCUCCAUUGAGCUGUUAGAUCUCUGCAGCACCAUGCAAGGGACCUUCGCCGAGAUGAUGGCCAUCAUCCAAGAGCUCCAACUGGCUCUAAGAAAAGGAGAUGAUGCAGCUGCUCAAGCCAAGAUCCAGUCUUUUAUUCGCUUGGGGAAGAAGGCCAGGAAACAUUUCAAGAAGUCUGCCAAGAAGCCUGCAUUUGACAAGAUGGUCAUGCUCUUGACCAAGGCAAGAGAGAUCUGCAUCUCUCUGUUGGAGUCCACACUCCAUCUCUUGUUGAAGCAAAUUGAAAUGCCAAAGCAGUCUCUUGUCUGCAAGGCAUUUUACAAGAAGAAGGAAAUUGUCUGCAAGGAGGAACAAUUGCAGGAGUUAGAGUGCAGUAUCGAAGAUCUUCAGAAUGGAGCAGGAGAUUUGUUCAGGAAAUUAGUCCAGAACAGAGUUUCUCUUUUAAACAUUCUUAGCUCAUAGAUACUCCACAUCACUCUACUCCCUGUGAUUGGCAUCCGCCUUUUUGAGGAUGAGCCGAUCUUGAUACAGUUUUGCCAUAUGUAUAUAGAGUACAAAUUAAUGUACAGAAAUUAUAGAAACAAAGACCAAAGUUUUGAUCCAUCUCAGAUUUUGCGAUAUUGAUAAAAUCUCUUGGGGCUUUUUGAUGAAUAUAUGCAUGACAAGAGAAAAUGUGUAUGAUGUGAAUUCAUCAUGUAUUUGCUAGGUUUGUGUUACUGGUUUGAUUUUUGUGGUAAAUGAUAACAGCAAAAUGAUGUUAGACGUACACGCAAGUUUUUUUACAAGUUAACAUUACCUUAAGAUAC